UAUAAUUCAUAAGAAUCAGCCCCCCAUUAAUGCCCUUCUUUAUGCGGCUGUGGGCGGUCUGCCACGUGAUGGUUCCCGCCCGCCGGAAGCCGAGGCUCUGAGCUUACCCAGUCGAGUAAGUUAAGCGCGGUAAGCUGCAGUGAAGCAGAAGGUCCCAACUUUCCCUCAACCAAAAGUUAGGGUGAUUUUCGCGCAUCUCCGGCCUCAGUCCUGGAUCCUAGACUAAUCUUCACAGCCUUCCAUCACGUCCUGGUACCCCUCAGUCAACUAAUCCAUCAUCAUUGGUGGCUAUCAAUUGCUAUCAGCAGAGCGGUCCAUCUCCAACUCGCUCCCCCCUCAGCUCGUUCCAAUGGCCAUAACCUUAGUUGUUGAGCCCCGGGGUAAACCCAUCGGAAAGCUCCCCAAGGAGCUCCAAGUAGCGCCCAAUUCCUCGACCGAGGAAAUCUACCAAGCGUUGGCCAAAGCCUCCAAGUUUUCCAUCCACCGCCUCCGCAUCACCAAGGGAAGCGACCGGACGCUCGUUCCCAACUCCAAGGACCUGACCGUCGAUGGCACCGGCCUGAAGGAAAAGAGCGUGAUCCACGUCAAGGACCUAGGCCCUCAACUAGGAUGGCGCACCGUUUACCUGAUCGAAUACUUGGGCCCGCUCAUCAUCCCCUACCUAUUCCUCUAUCCGCUCCGCCCGUACAUCUACUACAACUUCGACCAGCCGCUCGCGGAGCCCUCGAACUUCCAACGCCUGGUUUGCGCCCUCUUGACCGUCCACUUCAUCAAGCGCGAGUAUGAGACCAUCUUCAUCCACCGCUUCAGCAACGCCACGAUGCCCGCGCGCAACAUCCUCAAGAAUAGCGGCCACUACUGGCUCCUGGCCGGCGCCAACAUCGCCUACUGGGUCUUCCGCCCGGACAGCCCCGCUGUCGCCCGCGACGGGGACGCCUUCCUGUGGUACACGGGCCUGGCCCUCUUCGUCUUCGGCGAGCUGGCCAACCUGAACGCCCACUGCAUCCUGCGCGACCUGCGUCGCCCCGGCACCACCGAGCGCGGCAUCCCCACCGGCUUCGGCUUCAGCGUCGUCACCUGCCCCAACUACUUCUUUGAGAUCGUCGCCUGGGUCGGCAUCUACCUGCUCAGCGGCCUCAGCUGGAGCGUCCUCCUGUUCAUCGUCGUCGGCUCCGCCCAGAUGGCCAUCUGGGCCAAGAAGAAGGAGCGUCGCUACCGCAAGGAGUUUGGCGACAAGUAUAAGCGCAAGCGCUUUGCUCUCUUCCCUGGCCUCGUUUAAAAUUAGUGAAAUGGGAGAUAGAGUCAUGGGGAAGGAGGAGGGGGGAGAAGCAUCGUUUGGUGGGCUCUGCUGCCCCCAAACAAGUCACACGUCAUGAAGAACAUGGUUUUGCCCUUGUUCAACAAUCUCAAAGUUACGACCCAAAAAAAAGCAGAACCGACGAAUGGAUGAGACAUUGCCACGAAGCUUAAAAUUAGUGAUCAGAAAAAACCCACCAGCAAUUUAGUUUCCCCUAUCGCACCUGACACUCACUCCGCAUGACAGCUGGGCGCUACAUCGAGUCUAAUGUCGCAAUUGGUGCUUUUAAAGGCCUCCUGAUGCGAAAUACUGAAAAGAGGCAGUAGUUCGAAUUUAACCUUUAAUAAUACACGCGCUCGCUCUAUGUGGUGC